AAUCAGGCCCCUCCUACCAAAAUGUCCCUUAGCGUAUGUUUUUCGAACGUGAGGGUUCUUGGUAACUGAGGGACCAAAUUGCAAAGGUUUGAGAAUCAUUUCCCUUGCUUAUGGGAAGGAUAGAGCUCCAACUGCAGUUUCUUGCAGUUCAAUCCAAUCCAAUCCUCAAACCCAAAACCUCACCCUCUCUCUCUUUUGCAAUCUCUUGUUAGUUGGCGAAAGCUUGUUUCUUCCUCUCUCUCGGUUGCUCUCCUCAAGCUUCUGCGGUUUCUGAUUGGGAUUCAAGAUUAUAAUGCAGACUUCAGUUAUGGCGAUGAAGUCUUACAGAUUCCAGGCAGAGUUAUUCGUCAGGGACUAUUUUCUAACAGAUCCAUUUGUCCCAUAUACUUCAGUUCUGUGUGGCAUUUUCAUGUGCAAAAUGGCAUAUGAUCUUACUCAGUUAAUCAGUUCUUUCUAUUUCAAGGGUUAUGCUUCACUAACAAAGAUCCAACGGAUAGAGUGGAAUAAUCGGGGUAUGUCUAGCGCCCAUGCUGUUUUUAUCACAACAAUGUCAUUAUACCUAGUAUUCUUUUCAGAUCUAUUUUCUGAUCACCGUGAAGGGUUGGUUACAGUACGAAGUUCAAAUCUUUCUACUUUCGUAUUGGGGGUUUCAAUUGGGUAUUUCAUCUCCGACAUUGCGAUGAUAUUUUGGUUAUAUCCUUUGCUUGGUGGAAUGGAGUAUGUUUUUCAUCAUUUGCUCUCUCUUUGUGGUAUAUCAUAUGCCAUGUUGGCUGGUGAAGCGCAGGUAUAUACUUACAUGUUGCUGAUAUCUGAGGCAACCACCCCCGGGGUUAAUUUGCGAUGGUUCCUUGACACGGCAGGAAUGAAAAGAACAAACGCAUAUCUAAUUAAUGGUGUUCUCAUGUUCUUCGCUUGGUUGGUGGCCAGAAUUCUUUUGUUUGUUUACUUGUUCUACCACAUCUAUUUGCACUAUGAUCAGGUCGAGCAAAUGCACACCUUUGGUUACCUUUUGACAUUUGUCGUGCCUUCGGUAUUGGCGAUAAUGAACUUGAUAUGGUUUUCAAAGAUAUUGAAGGGGCUCAAGAAACAAUUAGCCAAGAGGCAGUGAAAGAUGGAGCUCUCUGUAUAUUAGAAGAUCCUUCUCUUUUCCUUGUAUAGAUAAGAGUUGUGAACAUAUUUUGAACUGUAAAGCAAAAGUGAUGCAGCCAAUGAGCAAGGGAAUUGAUGGGAUGGGUGGCUCUUGCGCUGAUUUGUCAGUUGUAUGUGAAUAUUGUUAGCUGGGUUUUUGCUACUUGGGGCUAGUUUCGCUCAUGUUUGAUUAAAUUUCCCAGGAGGAAGGUUGAAGGCUGUGAAUGUGCUUUGAAAAUGA